UCACACAAGGUGAAUGUGGAGAACAGCAGCCAAAUUUUUUUAUGCAAUGAAUUUUACAACUGCCCAUCAUAUAAAAAGGAAUCCAUGAAUACAGAGACCUGAUCUGUAAUAAAAUUCCUAAGUUACAAGAAUUAUUUGAUUAAUAUAAUUGUCAAAUGGCAUCAUUAACAUAAAUAAAAUAUCAUUUAUAUGAUAAUUUUUUUGAAUUUUGGAUUUUUUUUUAGUAAUUAAUAAUUAUAAGGGACCAUCCAUUAAAUACAUUUACAGUUUGAGGAGGAGAGUGUCGCAGGAAGUACAAACAUUACUGUACACGAUGGGGAGAAGGAAUUAACACACUGUCUACAUGCAACUUUUUUAGUGGUUUAAAGUGACUCAGAACUGUACAAAAUUAACGGGUAGCCCGUAGAUAUUUAUUUAAUUUCAAAUGAAUUAUAUUAGUUUUAUAUUUACAGAAGAUGAAAAAGAAGAAAAAGUGGACAGUAAAUGUGAUCUUCAGUUAAGUGAUGGUCUUAACAGAAAGAACUUUUACAAGAGUGAAAGCUACAAAUCAGAUCCCUCGACUUUCUCUGUAUUAAGAAUUCAGAAACAUAUCACAUGUACAAGGAAAUUUUCAAAGGAGCCAUUUUUAAGAAAGUAUUUAUUUAUCCCUCAUAUUGGAGAAAGAUACCAAUGUAAAAUCUGCACAAAACUUUUUUCCUACAAAGUUAUUUAUUCAAAUCAUCUUUUUGUACAUAUUGGAAAGAGGCCUUUUUCAUGUGAUGUCUGUAAGAAAAACUUUUUCUACAAGUUUCAUUUAACAGAACAUAAAGAACUUCACAGGAAAGAAAUUCUAUACUAUUGCUGGAUAUGCAAAGAGAAAUUCAACUGUGAGCAGGAUUUAAUUGUACAUCAGAAACAUCAUAUUGAAGAAAGACCAUAUAAAUGCGAAUUUUGUGGCAAAGGUUUUAAACUAAAAUCAGUUUUAAAAGUGCAUGCAGUAGUACAUUCUGACCAAAAACCAUUUCAAUGUGAAAUUUGUAAAAAGAAUUUUAAGUUGAAAUCUAGUUUAUUAACUCAUGAAAAAUACCAUUCGAAGCAAAGGCCUUUCGAGUGUCUAAUUUGCGGGAAAAGUUUUAAGUUAAAAUCAACUCUACGAGUGCACAAAAGAUGCCACACCGAAGACAGGCCUUACAGGUGCGAAAUUUGUAAGAAGGGCUUUAAAGCAAAAGAAACUUUAGUAAUUCACCAAAACACUCAUACCGAAGGAAAGCCUUUUCAGUGUGAAAUCUGUAAAAAUUACUUUCAUACCCGGCAUACAUUAUUGAGCCACAAGAGGUAUUUUUCAAAAGAAAGGUCACGCCAGUGUACAUUCUGCGAGAAGAGAUUCACUACGAAAACCUGUUUAGAAAAUAGGAGAAAUCCUAAUUCAAAGGAAAGUCUAUUCUUUUGCGAAUCGUGCGAAAAAAGCUUUAGGAUAUUUCAGUAAAUUAUCAUAACACCGAGAGAUUUUUUCAGUGUAAAUUCUGUAAUAAAAGUUACACAAAAUAAAAAACAAAAUAAGGGCUAGAAUUUCCUCUGGAUCUUUAGUAAGUUUGAAUAAAACUGCAUGCC